CAUGCGCGGCGCGGCGCGGCUGAGCUGUGGCGGCCCCGCGCCCAGUUCCUCAAUGGAAGAGGUGUUAAAAACUGCCCACAUCACUAUGGAAGCACUCAGACAAAACAGUCAUCCGCUGACACCCCUGAGGAAUUGCUGGGCAAAGUGACGGAAAUGAAGAGCUUCAACCAACGCUUCAGUAUGGCGGCAGCUGAAUCUGACAAAGACUCUGGAUAUUCAGAUGGAAGUUCCGAGUGCCCAAGUGCUAUGGAGCAGACGGACUCUGAAGAUGUGCUGAAUGCGCUGUGUUGGAAUGCAGAGGAUGGACCUUGGCAAUGCCCGCGGACCACAAGCAGCUCCUUUCCUGCCCUGUCUCCUAUGGUCGUUAUGAAAAAUGUGUUGGUUAAGCAGGUAGCUGUUCUGUACCCCUAUUCCAAAAGCAUCUUGCCCACUGAACCAAAGAAACAUUAUGUCAGAGUAGGUAAUUGAAUCUUAUCUCCAAGUCUGAGUGUCCUAAUCAGUGGGUAAUACCUGCUUUUG